AUGCCUCAUUUUCCUAAAGACACGGGGUUUACGAGCAAAGAUGCACCACAGAAAGACGUCACUGUCAAAAACCGUCGCAAGCGGUAUCUGGACUUACACCCAGAAUACUUCUCGGCGGAGCUUGAGCUAGCCGACCCGCUAUUAUACGAUCGCCUUGUCCGCCGAUUCCAGACACCGCAAGAAAGGGAAGCUGCUGGGCGAGCGAAUGGGUUCUCCGGUGUUUUGGAGGCUGAUCUCAUGCGGUCGGAAGCCAAGUUGGACGCGAUCGCAAACCCGGACCCAAAUGCUAUGAUGGCUUACUCUCGCGGCCCCAAUGGGGAGAUCCUCGCUGAGGACCGGGAUGACAUUCCCCCGAACAAGGAGGAAGGCGAACGGCUGUGGAAGUGGGAAAUGGGAUUGCGAUUUAUGCGCGGCAAUGACCCUGAUUUUGACUACAAAACUGUCGAUGAUAAUGAAGAGUACGAUGAUGAGACGGACAAGCAGGACCGGUAUUUUGAAGAUGAGGACCCUGAGUGGGUGGUUGAGGACGGGGACGGUGGUGCCCCGAAUCUCCAGGGUGAAACUGGCGUUCAGGAUUUCUAG